UGUCAGGUCACAUGAUCUGGCUUACUAAUCCUUCCACCAUAUCACUUCCCACAACCUAGCCAGCAACCUUUUCAAUCAAGCAAGCUUUACACCUUCCACACGUUAGACACAAGAUACUUACCACCGUGUGACAAAUUCUUGUGGUGGUGGGUACAUCAACUCAACCAUGAGCGCCAAAUGUUUGAUCGGGUCAUAGCCUCCCUUCGUGCCAAAUUUAUCGUCAAACAAAUGCCCCCCUUCAAAGAGGUCCCAAAUCUACCGAGUGAUCAGCAAAGGACCUCCAUGGCGGCUACAGAAGGAAGCGCUAUAGUUACUUGCCAAACCCGCUAGGUUCUAAAUAUCGACAGAACUCCCCCACGGCAUCUGAAAUAUUAUCUCCGGUGCUCUAUAAAUAUGUGGUUGGAUGAAUGGGCCGAACUCCUGUCUUUCUCCAAAUUCGUGCCUCGCCAAAGUCACACAGUAUAGGGAGCGCAUAACUUUUACCUCUCCAGCCGGGCGACGGAAUCUUCUACUCUGGUAGAUGAUAUGUGACUCAUGGAUCUUCUUCCGAGGAUUGGAUUUUCGGCCUCUGUCUCUGCUAAAUCCGCUAGCAUGCUGUUAUCCUCCGGAUGAGCAUCAAAUUGUCAGUUUUUAAAGGUAGUUCGAGUCAGAAACGAGUUGUUCGCGCGAUAUAGUGGCAGGGCUGAAUACCAGUAUAGAUUAUCUCAGCUUCAGUGUGCAAAAAGUCAAGGGCCAAUAGUAGUCACUUGACAGUCAUUUUGAGGAGGGGUAGGUCAAGCGGCCUCGGAUUCAGUCUCAUCAUCUCAAGGAGUGUCAUGAGCAUUGGUUGUAGCACCAACAGCGGUGCUUGCCAGCAGGACCUUGAAUAUCAAAUGAAUUGUAAAGCUCACGGCUGAGUGAUUGACCAGGAUGCGAAGAAUUGCCUUUCUCAGAUGCUCAUAGAUCUUUAACUCGCGAUCGGUUGCUUGUUGGGUAUGUGGGCAGCGACGUGGAUACCUUCAAUAGUGUAUAUUUAUUUUCUCUGAGCAUUUUGAUUAUUAGAGGAGCGGUUGCUAGGGGCAUUACCAAUCUUUCCUGAGACCUGGUAUCUGGCCUCGAAUAUGUCUCCAAUUUUGACUGUGAGGAACUGCACAGGCUUAUAUUAAGGCAAAGUCUCCUCCUCCAGAUAGAUCCCAAACGGUAGAGUAGAAUACGAAACGUUCGGAGUUUUUCUCGAUGAUGAAGGCUUUUGCCGCAGAGUGUUUCCCCACGCGCUUAGUCGAGAUGCCAUGCCUGUAUUGUCAGUCCGUCUAUCGCUUAGAGUAAAGUGUUGCAAAUAGCUGGGAGAGAGCCAAGCUGGUCGCCGAGCGUAUUAGGGAGCUGUACCAUGUUACCUCCGCAUGCUCAGCCUCUAUUGAUAUUUUUGGAUUACUAUGAGCAAGUAAACUUCUUUAGACUUCUAUCAAAUUUUGCUAAUUUCUGAAUCAAUCAGAGAUCUCAUAUAUGCAGAUGUCAGCUAGCCUAAACCUCAGAGUGCUUAAGAAUGAGAAUAAUAACAGCAUUGCAGCUUAAAUUCUUAAUCUUUUGGAUUAUCUGUCUAGACUAGUAGUUAGUUAAUAAACUUAGAUUUGAAAAAGCAAAUAUGAUAUCACAGUGAUGCGGCUAUGGCUAUCUCAGAUAAACUUCUCAUAUUCUAUAUAUAUAUACUCAUAUAUCAGCACCAUGUCUUGCCCAGGGGCUGUGCCUAAUUUGGUUUCUAUCACUUUGAAUAAAUAUAGCAAUCAGCUUUGUACUGUGCAUGUACCUUUCUCCUGUUCCACUCUUCAACAGCCAUAAAUUCAUAAAUUCUACAUGUUUACCUACACAUCGCCGGUGACUUCAAUUACUACUACUACUACCCAAGUCAAAUAUAAUAUCUUGCCAUCAAAUUCCCACAAACAUUUCUUUUAAUUUAUUCUUGUUUGUUUCUCUCCAUAAAGUGUUCCAUGCAUUCACAAGCACAUCCAACAACCAUGCCACCUCCAACUGCUCCGACGAGGUCCCCUCCUCCACCGCCAUACUCCUCCGUAGCACCGACACAACCAAUCCCCUCCCUCCCUUCAGACGCAAAAACCACACCCCGAAGACCCCCCAAACCCACCCACUCCCACUCCAACCCCCUCCCCCUCCCCAACGCCAAACACACCCACCGCUCCCGCCCCCGCCACAACAGCACCUACGUGCCCCCCGACGUCAUCGACUACCUUGACAACAUCACCCCCUUCCACUACCACCACGAAGGCCCCUACGACGCCGCCAGCCCCUACAGAAACAGAUCCUGCCACAGCUACAACCCUAUCGAUGCCCUCAAGUCGUCCAACGAGGAGGCGCUGAAGGCCACCCCGCCGGGCAAGAUCGCGGACUGCAUCUGGCAUGCCAGGCCGCUGGAUGGGGUUGCGUUUUACCCACCGGGCUCGACGGAUCCGGAGGGCAACACGUAUGACUAUGAGGAAGGGUGGAAUAUGAUGACGGAGGAUAGUGGGGAUUUUAGGAGGUGGCCGGGGAUGAAAUUCCGCGAUGAGGAUUUCAAGAAUGACCCUGCGUACAUGGGACUGUUGAAUGGCCCAAGUUGGUCAUUUCCUAGCCUAUUUCGUCGUCGUCGUCGUUCUUAAAAAAGACUACUACUCUACUAACGUCGGGCUGGGUUCCUUCUCCUGCUUCGUACACGCUACAUUUUAUUUACUUUUAUAUAUUCUUUUUUUCUUUUUUCUUCUUAACUGGCAGUAUGUAGCCUUCAUUAGCCAGGAUGGCAUGGGUAUGGAAAUUAAGAUGACUUACAUUUUGGCGUCGUUAAAUUGGGGGUGGGUGGAAUUACAAUUUUCGGGCGAACAAUCGGAAGUGCAGGGUUAGUUAUGCGUGUGCAUAUUGUGUUCGUACUGUUUUGACGUCUCAGGAUUGUUCAUUUUGCUGGACCAUUGGUUAAAAUAUUGGGAUUGUACAUGUAGUUAGUCUACAUUAUUGGGGUGUUUACAGGAAAGAAAAAAGAAAAAGUCUGUAUUGCAUCAUACGACUGGAGUUAAUAGGUUUUAUAUUUGAAGCAAAAUAUAUGAUGAAAACCCUGGUCAUUAAAGGUGGAGAAUUUCCUUUUUGAGGGUCUUGACA